GAUCAGACUUAACCUUUUUUUCUUCUUAUUAUUUUUAAUGAAAAUUUGCACUUAGAAUGACAUUGACCCCCCGUUAAGCCGGUGCACUUCUUGGGUCGGAAGAUCUUUCGUGGAGGGGCACCGUCAGCUGGUGGGGACUCGGUGUACACAUAGCGUUCUGCCACAGUUCGUCCCACGCUCUCCGUUCCUCGUCGCAACAUCCAACGAAACAUGGACGGACGAGAGGCGGUCGCACUCUCCGCAAUGGGAGAUGUGGGCCCAUGGCAAGUGAAAAUCUUCCUUUUGAUGGCCCUUCUCAAAUUCCCAACCGCCUGGACUCUCCUUGGACUCAUAUUCAUGGGGGCACCUGUACCUUUCACCUGCACUGGCUCGGAAGAACAAUGCACGGACAGCCAUGGUGAUAAGUGCACCCAUUGGACUUAUAACAGGACGGUUUUCAAAGAGACAAUUACGACCGAGUGGAAUUUGGUCUGCGAUCACAAGCAGUUGACCAACCUAUCUCAGAUGACGUUCAUGAUCGGAAUCAUGAUCGGGACGUUUACUUUUAGCAUGGCCUCCGACAGGUUUGGCAGAAAAGGACCUUUGAUAUUCGCAGGUGUCUUGCAGCUCGUGACAGGAGUAGGGUCGGCCUUCGUACCAUGGUACUUCGGCUUCCUCGUCCUCCGCUUCAUCCAGGCUAUCGCCGUAGGAGGAUCGAUGACCAUUUCCUUCGUGCUUUGCAUGGAAGUAUUGAACGGCUCCUGGAGAACGAUAAUGGCCACGCUCACACACAUUCCUUUCAAUCUGGGAACAAUAAUAAUGUCCGUGGUCGCCUAUUAUACGAGGGAAUGGAGGAAAUUCCAGCUUUUCAUCUCAUUGCCGAUUGUUAUAAUACUCGCUUAUUGGUGGUUGAUUCCUGAAAGCCCCAGGUGGCUCAUGGCAGUCGGAAGGGAUAAAGAAGCCCUUGCCAUACUCGAAGAAGCCGCGAGGCAGAAUAAAAGAAAACGUCCGGAAAAACUUCCCGAAUUGAAACAAGAUAAAAGGGAAGAAGAAGAAGAAAAGCCGGCUGAAAAGGUCGGAAUCUUAGGCUUGUUCAGGACGCCCAACAUGAGGAAGAAAACUCUCGUCGUCUGGGUGAAUUGGUCCAACGUCGGAUUGUGCUUUUUUGGCCUGGAACAAUAUUUGAGCCAAGUCGGUGGAAACAUUUUUGCAAAUGUCGCCAUCUCGAGCGCUUGCAUAAUCCCUGGUGUAUUGGCGUCGAUCUACACGAUGGACAAACUCGGCAGGCGGAUGACCCUUUUCGUCGGGCAGUUCGUCGGAGCUAUAUCCUGCCUCAUAAUCAUCCUCAUACCUCGUUCCGUUGCCUACGCGGAAUGGUACAAAGUAGGCUUGGCCACCCUCGGUGUGACCGGAGUAGCAGUCGGAUUCACAACCCUUUACCUCUACUCGACUGAACUUUUUCCGACCGUAGUGCGAAACACCGGUCUCGGAUCUGGUUCCAUGUGUGCCCGUGUAGGUUCAAUGGUGGCACCUUUCAUAGCCUCACUUGAUCAGGUCAAUCCGAACAUCCCUGCUGCCAUGUUCGGCGCUAGCAGUUUUAUUGCUGCCUUGCUUUGUCUAAUGCUUCCAGAAACGCUCAACACCAUUCUUCCCGUCUCACUAGAGGACGGUGAACACUUUGGAAAAAAAAAUAAAAAAGAAACCACGAACGGAACGGUGAAUAAGGCCUAUUCUGAAGAUAUAGUUAUAGAAUCUUAAGAAAAUCACUUUUUCUAAAUUGUAAAUAUAUUGUAUAUAUUUAAAAAUCUUUUAAGUAUAUAAUUUAAUAAAUUAAAUACUUGGUUCCUUUAAGAGCCACACGUGAUCCAUCCUCUGUCAGUAUUUAUAAUUUAUAAAUAUAUUUAUUUCUAAUUAAAUUUUACGUAUUUA